AUUUUUCAGAAGGACCAAAUCAAGUGUGGCAUGUGGAUGGAUAUGAUAAGCUGAAACCCUUUGGUGUUGCUAUUAGUGCAUGUGUCGAUGGAUUUUCAAGGAAAGUUAUGUGGCUCAACUGUGGCAGCUCAAAUAAUGACCCAGGUGUUAUUGCAAAAUAUUAUAUGGAGUGCGUGACACGGUUUGGUCAACUUCCAGCAUGCCUUCGUACAGACUGUGGCACAGAAAAUGGCACAAUGGCAGCCAUUCACUGUGCUUUAAGAUCAGACCAUGGAGAUGAACUUGCAGGAGCCCACAGUCAUAUGUAUGGCACCUCAACUACAAAUCAACGGAUUGAAAGUUGGUGGUCUUCGUUCAGAAAGCAAAGAACUCAGUUCUGGAUUGAACUCUUCAGUGACCUGAGGGAGAGGCAUCUUUUCAACGGCAGUCAUGAACAUAAAUGCCUUCUACGAUAUGUCUUCCUCAAUGUCUUGCAAAAAGAGCUUGACGAGUACAGAGAUCUCUGGAACACUCACACCAUCCGACCUGUGCGCCAAUCUUGUUGUCCAUCUGGUAAACCAGAAGCCAUGUAUCACCUACCUCAUAGGUAUGGUGGAAGACAGUGUGGAUUCCAAGUGCCUCAAGAAAUCCUGCACCAGUUUGAUGACAUUCUACCUGCUCAGUACAGUCUAUGUGGGGACGACAAUCUCCAGGUUCAUUUCACAAACUUGGAAAGACAGAGUGAGCUCCCUCGACCAGUCAACUGGACUACUGCAGUUGAAAAUUAUAUAACACUCAAAAAUAUGACUGGACUUUAGAAGUCAAUGUAAAAUCAUCUGCUAGAUGUGGGUACAAUUACCACUGACACUAAUUGUCACAAACCAACUUUAAUGAGCAUUUAGGUAAAAAAAAUAGUACCAUAGUUUUUAUAUAAAUAGUUUCACUACCGUCAACUUUACAGUGUGUACACUUUCUACCUGAAGAAAUCAAAAGACCAUACUGUACAAAAUAACUUGUUCCUUUUAAUUAGGUACUGUAACAAACACGUUGAUUAAUUUGGAGAUCUGUUUUACAAACAAAGGUUUACAAAAGCAUUCUGCAAUACCUGUAAUUAUGUGGGGUUUUUUUUAACUCAAAGAACAACUUGCAUAUCUUACAAAAAAUGGAAUCAAAGUGUUUGAUUAAAUAAAGCCUUUUAACUGAA